AAGAAAAUUCUCGUUACUCUCGAGCUCGAGCUCGACAGCCAUGGUCUCAGAGCUAGGGUUAGCGCCGCCGGCGAAACGCCCGACACCGUCCCCCACCACAAUUACCGCCAUCGGAGACGACCUCCUCCGCGAGAUCUUCCUCCUCCUUCCGUCCCUCCCGAGCCUCGUCCGCGCCGCCCUCGCCUGCCGCACCUUCCUCGACGCCGUCCGUUCGUCCCCCGCCUUCCGCCGCCGCUUCCGCGCGCUCCACCCGCCCCAGCUCCUCGGAUUCUUCAUCGACUCCUGCCGUAGCAAUCCCUUCGUCCCGUUCCGCAGCCGCUCCGACCCGGACCUCGCCGCCGCCGUCCGCGGCGCCGAUUUCCUCCUCACCCGCCUCCCGGAGGACAGCGAUUCCUCGCCCGGGUGGCACAUAGAGGCCUGCCACGGCGGCUGCGUCGUCCUCGUCAACCUGACUACAUACCAGGUCGCUGCUUACAACCCCCUCACGCAGGCACUGCAUCUCUUCCCCUUUCCGACCACCAACGAGAUCCUCGUCAAGGGCGUGCCUGAUUUCAUUUUCAUAUCCGACGAGGACCAGGAGGCCCGUAUGAUCUGUGUCCAACACCGGAACAAGCCGCAGCAAGUGCCGGCGCGUCUAGCUGUUUUCUCACCGGCCACCAGGGAGUGGCAGAUCUUGCCGUGGGUGGAGACCCCCCAGCCAUCUCAACCUGAGGACGAUGGAGACAUCGUUCCCACGUUUCUCCCUGGUACACAGCUGAAAGGAUUCGUUUAUCGGAGACACACGAGUAAGGCUUAUGUACUUGUUCUCAACACUGCAACAAUGCAAUUCUCUAGAGUGGAUUUGCCGCCAUUCUUGGUAGAGAUGGACCCUACGCUAUUUAGUUUGGAUUUGGGUCAUAGCAAGGAUGGAAAGCUCUGUCUGGCUGUCAUAGAGGCAGAAACGCUUAUUGUUUGGCUCUGGAGAGCUGAUGAUGAUGUUGUUGAGAAAUGGAUGCAGGAAGGUACUUUUCCGCUGAGUACAUUUGUUGAUGACGCUAAGAUUUCAGUAGAGGAUUAUACCACAGUGCAGAUCGAGGCGGUCAUCGAGGGCUUUGUGUACGUGUCUACUAAGUAUGAUGCGUACACCGAGUCCCUCCAUUCCCUCUGCCUGGAAACAGCAAAGCUGAACAAGCUUUUUGAUAAUAAGUAUACAAACUCUGCUCGUCCUUACAUCAUGGCGUGGCCUCCUUCUUUGGUAGGCAACGAGGAAGAUUUCGAAAACAAAGUUACCGGAGAGAAUGUGGCGAAUGAUGGUCCAGCGGGCCCAGAAGAAGCUCCCUCUGUUCUUGUCACAGCAUUGCGGUCAUAUAAAGAAGCUCUUAUUAAUGAUGAUGGGGCAAAAGUUGCGGAGAUAGAGUUAUUUCUACUUUCUAUUGAGGAUGAGAAGAAGUCUCUAGCAGCACAGUUGACAACUGCAAGAGAUUAUAUCUUGAGGAUAAGUGCCGACAUUGAUGGCUACAGGAGAAGGCCAGAAAGAGAGAGGUGAUGACAAGUUGUGCCCACUUCUUUGCCAGUUGAACCAGCCCCUUUGGAGUGAUCUUGGUGUAUUUCUUCUGAUGAGAUGAGCUUAUGCUUAUAUGUGCUGGCGCUUCAGUUUUUGGAUGGUGUGGAGACAACAGCAUGUACUAGUUUCAUAUAAUAGUAGGGUAGCAAUUAGCAAGGGAGCACUGGAGACAUAAGCUAUGGCUAAUGAGUGUAACCAUCAGUAUGUCUAACUGUGCAUCAUUGAGUUGAGACCCACUUUGCUUCUUAGCUUGAGUACUUAUCUGUCAUGGGUCCACUAU